AGAUGCCAUAAAGAAUUAGGUCUUGCAACACGGUAGGACCUUCUGCGUAGUCUCUGAGACAUUGCUCGGAGUGCUGCAGCCCUUGGGUUGACCCGAUGCAUACUGCUCCUCACUCUGCACCUCUGCACACGAAUUCCCUCUGCCUUCAGUUGUGAACGAACAGCCUCUGGUCCAAGUUGGUCAUUUCCAGCAACUAAGUCUCUAAUCUUUUCAUCCAAGUCUACAUCAGAUAUGUCCGAGUAUGAAGCAAACUGGAACAGAUGGAAGUGCCUGGAACAGCAAAUACAUUUAAAAAAGGAAUAAAAUAAUUAAAUCCUUCUAUUUUUCCCACAAUUUAUUAUUCUCAUAUCAGUAACAUUAACAAAUGACAUUGUAUUCUCCAUAGAGCAGGUUACAUCAUGGGAUGAGGGCUAACAUCUUUAUUACUGUAGCAUUCUGUUAGUUUUCACUAGUUUGAGUUUUGCUGGGGUUUUUUAUAAAAUCGUACAUAAUAUGAAAAUAUCUUUCUGUGAAGAUACAAACUGGAUAUCUUAAUAUUGACUAAGACCAUGGAAAAGAUUAUUAGGUGAAAUUAAAAUUUGAUGCUUGUUAUCUCAGAAUUAGAUUUUUAGACUUUUGCCUGGAUUUCACGGUCAUAAAUAUGUCCCCAUCCAGAGAUUCUGUAUUGAAUCUCUGCCUUUCCACUGUGAAAUGUCCACUUAACAUAUUUGCGGUGGUACAUUAAUUAAGCCAUCAUACAUGACAAAUCAAACAGUGGAUUUGGUAUUUCUACCUCUUUCUUGCAUCAAUAAUCAAAUUGAUCAAAAUGUGUGUGGUUAUUGGACAUAUUGAUUAUAUGAUACAACUACAACUUACCUUAAACGCCGGUUGACUGUGGAUAGGGAGACGUGUAAAAUAUCAGCAAUCUGUGGUGCAGUGAAGCCACAUGACAACAUAAAUGCCAUCUGUUCCCGAGUAAUGAGAUAAGAUGGUGCACCCCUGGAUCCACUACUUAUCAGCGGUGGUUGAUAUCCUCUAGUGCAGGGGUUCCCAAAUUUUUCAGACCACGACCCCCAAUAUUAGACUGCUGACGACCCGCGACACCCCCCCUCCUCCCCCUCCUUUCUCAUCUUUGUGUUUUCCUCCGACAGCUUUUUUUUUUUUUUUAAGGAUUUGCGAUUUGGUUACAUACUGACAGAGCUAAAACAGAAAGGAACACAAUCUCUAAGCCAGGCGAUUUUAUUAACAAAUUACGGACAAAAACAAAUACAUCCCAUCCCAUACAUCCCAGCCCCCCACUACGAGACCCCCCGGGGGGUCGCGAUCCCCACUUUGGGAACCACUGCUCUAGUGUCUUCACAAAAAUAUAAUAUAAUUAGGGGUGUCACGAUUUCGAUUUUAAAUCGGGGGGUCGCGACCCCCACUUUGGGAACCACUGCUCUAGUGUCUUCACAAAAAUAUAAUAUAAUUAGGGGUGUCACGAUUUCGAUUUUAAAUCGAAAUCGAUCGAAAUUAAGUCACAGUCUCAAACUUCGAAUUAAAAAAUGGACUUGUCGAUGCUGCCACGCCCCCAUGUUGCGUCUGGUUACUUGCCAAGCGAAAAAAACACAUGUGUUGAAGUGCUGCGAGUCAACCUCCUCUAACAGCCACUCAAAAGACAGCAUGGCAACUGCAGAUGCAGGAGACCCAUCGACAGAACUCGAAUCCCCUCCUCUUUCACUGAAGUCGCUGGUGUGGAAGUAUUUUGGAUUUCCAGUGAGUUAUGUUGACAACGUUCGCGUUGUCGACAAAAAAACAACAGUUUGCAAGCUGUGCUAUGUGCGUGUACCAUAAUAACAGCACGACUAACAUGGCAGGGCAUCUCCGCAGGCACCACAGAAACAUAGAUUUAUCUGUUAAACCAACAACUACACAAACUACUCUUCCGUCUUCAUUUGGAAUUAAACUUCCAAGCAACUCAAUUCGUGCAAAUGCAAUUACGCGUGCGGUAGGAGUAUUCAUAGCCGCGGACAUGCGACCUCAUUCGGUGGUGGAAAACUCCGGUUUUAGGCAUUUAAUUAGCGUGCUAGAGCCACGCUACGAAAUCCCAAAUAGAACGCAUCUCACAGCUACGGUGAUUCCCUCCAUGUACAAUAAUGUAAAAGAGAAAGUUACUGAAGGUCUGAGCAGCGCACAUUUAGUUGCCUUGACUACAGAUUGCUGGACAUCCAGAGCAACACAGAGCUUCAUGACUGUCACAGCACAUUACAUUAAUGAUGACUGGGAAAUUCAAAAUCCAGUCCUUCAAACUCGCCCCAUAUAUGAAGCACACACAAGUGAACAUUUAGCAGAAGUGCUGAGGGAAGUGGUAGUGGAAUGGAAGUUGGACAGACAAAAUUCAACCAUCCCUGUGACAACAAUGCUAAGAACAUUGUCAAUGCCUCAAAUGCAGCAGGAUUGUCACCACACAUUGGAUGUUUAGCCCACACUGUGAAUCUGGCCUCCCAGAAGGGGUUGGGAGUAAACCAGAUUUCCUGUCUUUUGGGCAGAGUCAGGAGGGUGGUCACUUUUUUCCACAGAAGUACCACUGCAGCAGCCAUCUUAAAGUCAAAACAAGACAUGCUUCCUCCUCACAAGCUGGUUCAAGAUGUCAUUACAAGGUGGAACUCCAGCUAUGACAUGAUCACACGCUAUUUAGAGCAACAAGCUGCUGUAUAAUCUGCACUUGCAGAAAAAGACAUAAAAAAAUGCCAAAGACCUUAUCACCCUCUCUGAUCAAGAUGUGACUGUUCUGGAAGAUGUAUGUCAGGUACUGAAGCCCCUGAAAACAGUCACAACCUUGAUGAGUUCCGAACAGCAGCCUACUGUGUCUAUGAUCAUGCCCCUACAACACACCAUCCUGACAUCUAUGAAACACAGUGACACAGAUUCAACAAUUGUAAAGGAUGUUAAAUCUGCUAUAGAGGCAAACUUUGAAGAGAGGUAUUCAGACCCAAGACUUCAACAGUUCCUGAAUGAGAGCACUGCCUUGGAUCCUAGGUUUAAGACUUUACCCCACCUGGAUGACAAAUCUCGGAAUGAGAUCUUUAAUUGUCUGGAGGAGAAAAUUUUGCAAGAGCACCCCACACAGUCUCAUGCCUCAGGAGAAGGGUCCAGCCAAAACCCUGCAGAGGAUCAAGAAACUGUAGCAACCAGCAGAGGCAGCCCCCCAGCAAAGAGAACAGCACUCAGUGAACUGUUUGGUGAUUUUUUCAGCACAGCCUCCACUGCAUCAUCAUCAGCAACCAAACCAUGGCCUGAUGUUGUGAAAGACGAGAUUCAGCUAUACAAAAUGGCUAAAGUAAUUUCUGUGGAUUCAAAUCCACUUAAAUGGUGGAAAGAUAAUGAGCACCAGUACCUACAUUUGUCCAAGCUUGCCAAACGUUAUCUUGCUGUACAAGCAACAAGUGUGGCAAGUAAGAGAGUGUUCUCAACAGCAGGGGACAUUGUGACAGCUCAAAGAGCAGCCCUCUCUCCAGAGAAUGUGGACAUUCUCAUUUUCUUAAAGAAGAACAUGAAAAUAUAAAAAAAAUCACAGUUGUCGUCUGCCCAUAGAAAUGUAAAUAGUUCAUAUUUUAGCAAUAUUUUAGUAAUAUUUUAGCAGUUCUCUUUCCAUAUUCCUCUUUAAGAAGAACUUAAAACUGCAAAAUUGUUACAGUUGUCUUGUGUUGUUAUAUUAUAAAAAAUGUUAAUGUUUUUGACAACUCAAAGAGCAGCUCUAAACAACAUAUCCAUCUUUAGGAAGAACAUGAAAGAAUGAAAAAAUACAGUCAUCAUUCUCAGGGGAUAAAAAGUAGUUAUCAGUGUGGUAUAUGUUCAUCUGUUCGGAAAUAGUUUAAGACACUUAAUUGUUCAGAGACUAUGGACAUGUCUGUUUUAUUGUUUUUGUUUGUUUUGUUGUGAACUUGAAUGUCAUCUUUUGUGAAGAAGACUGCACUUACAAAAAGGAAACUGGAUGGCAGUUUAUUUUAAGUUUUCAAUUGACUAAAGAUAUAAGUUAUUGUUACAUUAUGUUGUUAAUAAAAGUUUUAAAUUUGACAAUGUAGUGUGGUACAUUGCAAACAAAGGUCAGAUAUUAUACUGCAUAAAAGUCUAGUUUGAAAAAUGACAAUCUGUGCUUUAAAAAGAAUAAAUGUAAAAAUCGA